AUGGGCUUCAUCUCUUCUGUUGCUCGUUGCGUACGCGAUAACAAGCUCUCCCGCAGACUCUCCACAAAUAACAAACCACAACGUCUGGAAGACGACUACAACGACCUAAUCAAAAUUUCCUCAAAUACAACCUCCCUUGCUCGAGCUGAAAGCAUGGCGUCCGCAUCGACAGCUGUCCACCACUCCGCUCACGAGCCCACUUUCCCGACCGAGACCCCAGUUCAACAUGAGCAAAUGAGUCCCGCGCAAUUGAGUCUGAGCAUUCAGAUGCAAAAUCUCUUCGACAAUGGGCAGCUCCUGGAUGAUGCAAAUAACAGAGCCGCGAGAGCUUUGUCAAGACCCGAGUAUCCAAUUCUCAAGCUCGACACCGUUCAGUCGCCGUUUGAUACACCGCCGAAAAAGCUACAAGCUCCCAUCGAGACAGGAGAGAAGACGGCGUUGGAUGAGACCAGAUAUUUCAAAAACGGCUACUUGAAGCGCCAGCGAGAAGAAAAGAGCGGUGAUAAUGUCGGAAUGGAGAAGGAAAGCGGGAAGAAAGGUUCAAAAUUACGUCGUUCGAUGACUGGUCUCUUUCGAAAGACGUAUAGUUUCCGACUACCUCGAUCGCCGGUGUCUAUGAAGACAGUGCGUGCCCCCACAUCUCCCACAUCUCCCACAUCUCCCACAUCUCCCAGAUGGAUCGAUGUAGAUGCUUCAAGCUUGGCGGAUGAGGAGUGUUUAGUUUCCGAGAAAGACGAAGAAAAGUGGCUGGAGGCUCAUGGUAUUGGUGGAGGACGGGAUAUCGGAAUUUGGACCAGCGAAGGUGUUGGAAGAACUUAUUGA